AUGGCAGAGGCGCACUCGGCGGUCGCGUUCUCGUUCGCGAUCACGCACGACGGCUGGGACGUGAACUUCGACCGCGAGGUGCUCUACCUCGUGUGGGAGUCUGGCAUCCGAUCCUGGAAGAAGCGGCUGGCGCGCUUCAGGAACAGCGUGCACAAUGGCGUGUACCCGGGCCACCUGCAGUCGCUUUACUUCCUGUGGACCGUCCUCGUGGCGGCGCACUUCGGGGGAGUCGAUAUCCCCUUCGGGCUGGUGACGAAGGCCCUCGCCGUGCUGCCAGGGUCGUCGCCGAUGUGGCAGGUGAUAGCGUGCUUGCUGGCCGCGCUCACCAUGUGGCUGUCCGUCAUCUUCCUCAUGCGGUACCUGCUGAAGUUGCUGCUCAUGUACAAGGGCUGGAUGUACGAGUCGCGCGGGCCGGGCUCGAAGCUGUCGCUUAAGACGAUGGUGUGGGCCAGCGUGGUGAAGGUGCUCUCCGGCUGGAACAAGCCGCGCCUCUACAGCUUCCAGGGCUCGCUGCCGCGCCUGCCGCUGCCCUCCGUAUCUGACACCAUGCGCCGCUACCUGCUGAGCGUGCGGCCGCUGCUGGACGACGAGAACUACGCGCGCGUGGAGCGCCUCGCGCACGAGUUCGAGCACACCAUCGCCGUCAAGCUGCAGCGCUACCUCGUGCUCAAGUCCUGGUGGUCCAGCAACUACGUGUCCGACUGGUGGGAGGAGUACGUCUACCUGCGCGGCCGCUCGCCGCUCAUGGUGAACUCCAACUUCUACGGCACGGACACGCUGCUGCGCCCCACCAGCCUUCAGGCGGCUCGCGCGGGCACCAUCAUCCACUUCUGCCUUCAGUUCCGCCGCCUCAUCGAACGGCAGGAACUCGAGCCCAUCAUGCUGCAAGGGAUGGUGCCGCUGUGCUCCUGGCAGUACGAGCGGAUCUUCAACACUGUCCGCGUGCCCGGAGUCGAGUCCGACCGCCUAGUGCACUACAGCGACUCCACCCACAUCACCGUUUCGCACCGCGGCCGAUACUACAAGCUGCUCAUGUACUCGCGAGGCCGUCUGCUCAACCCGGCCGAGAUACAAGUGCAGAUCCAGCAGAUCCUGGAUGACGACGUACCGGCGGAGGAGGGCGAGUUGCGGCUAGCGGCCCUGACGGCGGGCGAGCGCACCCACUGGGCCCAAGUACGACAGACGCACUUCAGUCGCGGCCACAACCGGACCUCGCUGCACUGCAUCGAGCGCGCCGCCUUCCACGUGUGCCUCGACGACAUCGAGUACGGAUUCGACGAGAACGACUCCAACAAGCUGGACCAUUACGGCCGCAUCCUGCUGCACGGCAACGGAGACGACCGCUGGUUCGACAAGUCCUUCAACCUCUGCUUCAGUACCAACGGCUCCGUCGGCUUCAAUACAGAGCACUCUUGGGCGGACGCACCUGUCAUGGGCUACCUUUGGGAGUACGUCAUCUGGCAUGAGCUGGAGUACGGGUACGAGGCGGACGGCAGCGCGCGCGGCGCGGUGGCGGCGCCGCCCGCGCCCGCGCGCCUGCGCUGGGAGCUGAGCGCGCCGCUGCGGGCCGCCGUGGAGCGCUCGCACGCCGAGGCGCAGGCGCUGCUGCGCGACGUGGACCUGCGCAUCCUCAUGUUCGCGGCCUACGGCAAGGGCUUCAUGAAGGCCUGCCGCGUGUCGCCCGACGCCUACAUCCAGAUGGCGCUGCAGCUGGCCUACUUCCGCGACGCCGGCCGCUUCUGCCUCACGUACGAGGCGUCCAUGACGCGCCUGUUCCGCGAGGGCCGCACCGAGACCGUGCGCUCGUGCACGCUGGAGAGCUCCGCCUGGGUGCGCUCCAUGCUCGACGAGAGCGCCUCGAUCGAACAACGCAUGGACCUGUUCAUAAAAGCGACUAAGCGCCACCAGCUGGGCUACCAAGACGCCAUGGCUGGCCGCGGCAUCGACCGACAUCUGUUCUGCCUUUACGUCGUGUCGAAAUACCUUGAGCUGGAGUCGCCUUUCCUACAGGAGGUCUUCAACGAACCCUGGCGGCUGUCCACGAGCCAGACGCCACUCGGUCAGACGAAGAUGUUGGACCUCAAAAAGUAUCCGAAGUGCGUGAGCGCCGGCGGCGGGUUCGGGCCCGUGGCGGACGACGGGUACGGCGUGUCGUACAUCAUCGUCGGCGAGGACACCAUCUUCUUCCACGUGUCCAGCAAGAUCAGCUGCCCCAUCACAAGCUCGUCGAACUUCGUGAAACAGAUCGAGAAGUCGCUGCAGGACGUGCGGACCCUAUUCACGGAAUACAAUAAGCUCAAAAACGGUGUGAAGAAGGACAAAUAGGGGCGCGCCCGUUACUGCUUUAGAUUAGUGUUGUGCGGUUGUCGCUGCGGGCGGCGGCCUCGCCCCCUCCCGCCCCCGGGGAGGGGGCGACGAGUGAUCUUCAGCUCUACGGCAACAAUAGAUUCUGACGAAACAAAAUGUAUUAUUUUUCAUUUACUUUUAAAUCGGGCUCUCGGUGUCUGUGUCGUCGAUACGAGUAUGAGUAUAAUUUGUAAAAGUUACUCGUUUCAUUGUGAACAUUGUCAGUUACGGUCUUCCUAUUUCGACCCGUCCACGUCGUGAACUGGGACCACGAAUCACUGUUUUCUUUUGGCCCGUCUCUUGUCUUAAAUGUGCUUAGAUAUUUUAACUAUAACCGGGUUUUCUCACGUGACAGUCCGUUCCAGGGUUGUAAACUGACGAUGUACGAGGGUCGCCGUUUCGUUUAACUUUAUUAAUUUAUAAUCUCCAUCACAGACAAACGACGUACAACUGGUUGUGAGCGAAUACAAAACACUUCUGUCUGUAACUUUAUAAUUAUUUUCAUCUGGCGUCUUAAAAGUUAAACGUCUAAUCGAA